UUCAAUGCUGUCAUCUGACAUCUGACAGGUUGUAGUUAUAUUUGGGGCAGUGUGGGGAACGGUUGGAGAAGAUUGUCGGCGCGUUUAGCACUAAAGUAAAGUUAAAUAAACCGACAUCUCAAGUAUAAAUAGUUUAAAUAUUCCCCAGAAAUUUGUUUUAGUUCAUAAAAUGCCUUAUGUGUAACCAGUGGAUCAGUGAAAAAAUCAGUUUCAGUUUGGCUCUCGAUUAAGCGACAACCGUGUUAUAAGGGCAAUUUUAACACAAACUGCACAAUGUUGACUAGUAAAACGAAGCACUAUUUGCACUGCCUCCUAUUUCUUACCGUUAUUUUAGUUUUCGAAAUAUUUUCCGGAGGCUUAAAGGUACUUAAUAUGGGUGCAUUAGUACCGGCGACCGAGAUCAACCCCUGGGUGCAGUACGGUGUAAUCGGUGCUUCGAUUUUAUAUAUAUUACGGUUAAUAACAUUCUUACCUUUGCCCCAGGUGCUGUUUAACUUUAUCGGAUUGACUUUUUACAAUGCCUUUCCGGACAAAGUGGUCUUGAAAGGGUCGCCUCUAUUGGCUCCGUUCAUCUGCAUUAGAGUAGUGACGCGGGGUGAUUUCCCGCAAUUAGUGAAAAACAAUGUUAAUAGAAAUAUGAACAAGUGUCUAGAUGCCGGUCUAGAGAACUUUUUAAUUGAAGUUGUAUCCGAUAAACCCGUAGGACUCGAUCAGCGUAGGAGAAUCCGCGAAGUAGUUGUACCUAAGGAGUAUCGAACGAAAUCUGGUGCUUUGUUCAAAGCACGUGCAUUACAGUAUUGCCUAGAGGAUAAGGUAAAUAUUCUUAGUGACAGUGACUGGAUAGUCCAUCUAGACGAAGAAACCCUACUGACUGAGAACUCCGUUAGGGGUAUACUGAAUUUUGUCAUGGAUGGUAAACACCAGUUCGGGCAGGGGUUGAUUACUUAUGCAAAUGAGGAGGUAGUGAACUGGAUAACCACCCUCGCAGACAGUUUUCGAGUGACUGACGACAUGGGAAAGUUGAAGUUGCAGUUCUUAAUGUUCCAUAAGCCCUUGUUUAGUUGGAAAGGUUCCUUUGUUGUAACACAGGCAGCAGCAGAGAAGGCGGUGUCCUUCGACAACGGCUUGGAUGGUUCGAUAGCAGAGGACUGCUUCUUCGCCAUGAGGGCCUACAGUCAGGGAUACAGCUUCAACUUUAUAGAAGGCGAAAUGUGGGAGAAAUCUCCGUUUACUUUAUGGGACUUUAUGCAACAGCGGAAACGAUGGAUUCAAGGCAUCUUACUAGUCGUCCACUCCAAGGCAAUACCUGUAAAGAACAAACUCUUGCUGGGUUGCUCCUGCUACUCGUGGCUGACGUUGCCACUGUCCAUCUCGAACUUGUGUCUAGCCUCCAAAUUUCCAAUACCCUGCCCGCCUGUGAUAGAUUUCCUCUGUGCUUUCAUCGGGGCGGUGAAUAUUUACAUGUUCGUUUUUGGUGUGAUAAAAUCAUUUACCGUAUACAGAUUCGGACUUCUCAGGUUUUCACUAUGUGUGAUCGGUGCAGUAUUAGUAAUUCCCUUUAAUUUAAUUAUCGAAAACGUGGCUGUCGUAUGGGGUAUUUUUGGUAAGAAACAUAAGUUUUACGUUGUUAACAAGAACGCUGGACCUGCGAUCACAGUAUAAUGUUGUCCUGUGUGUUUGCCAUUGUUUAUUUUUGAUAUCGGCAAUGCUCUUGUCUCGUACGAGAAUGAUCUCUGUUUAUUUAAAACUACGGUUAUACCAAAAAAUUGGGUCAGUUCUUUAGGGGAGGUUUAGGUAACUUUUAGAUUCUGAAAAUAAAAGCAUCUUUUCCAUGUUUGUGUCUUUAAAUGCCAAAAUUAAUCAUGACAACUUUGUUAAAAUCUGCAGGAUCUCAACGCCAUGCUCAAAGUAAGAGCUAGAUGAAAUACUAGUGGAAACGAGCAACUGUAAAUUAUAAAUACGUUGUAGCUAACACAUUUGAGACAAUUCAGUGUAAAAGCUAAAAGGUUUCAACAUUCCAAACAGAAAAUAUACUAAGAUCUGGUAAUUAAUCCAAUUUGAUGUACAUUCAUUAAACAAGAAUCCUUUAUAAUGGUUCUAUGCAGAAUUACUACUGAGGUUCAAAAUGACAAUACAGAAGUUACUGAAAUCGUUAUGUAUUAGAUGUUUAAAUGUUUUGGAUUAAGUUUGUUUCUGAACUUCAGUAGUUACAACUCCAUUUUACUGUUACUGAGAGAUGAGGCAUUACAUCAAAAAAGCUUUAAAUAGUACAAAGUAAAAGGAAUAUUUUUUAAAAUAAAUAUUUCUGUAGUUAUAUCGUGCUGCAAUAACUAUUUUUUUUAUUAGAAGAAACUGUUCACAUUUACUUUUUAUUUUAAUGUGGAGGAUAUCCUAACAUACAUUCUGAUUUUUUUAAUGCCUGUUUCCACUGCAGGCAACAUAACUGAUGGAAAAGGUAUCUGAUAUUAGUUUUCGCUGUAUACUUUAAAUAUAAUCGCUAUAUAUAUAUUUAUUUAUAUAUUCUUAUUUAACUUUUUUUUAUUUGUCAUUUCUUUCAAUAUUUCUUCAUUAAAGUGUACCUGUCAAAUACAAUUGAUUUUAUUUAGAAUUCGGGUCCUGGAAAACCAUACAUAACAUUUCUAUGCACUUAUAAAAAUUUUUUUAAAGAUUUUUACUUCGAUAGUGGAUUUAAAAUAUAUGAGAAAAUUGUACAGGGUCUGACGAUGCCAAGCAAUUGUGAAUGGAUUAUAACAGUUUUAUUAAGGGUUAACGCUACUCCAGAGGUGGGAAAAUGGAGAUUUUUGGGAAUUUUCAAGGAAAAAUCGAUACAAGAUCUAGUGUCAGGAACAAAAAGGCUUAAUUGUACAUGUUUUCAGGUAGUACUGUGAAUUUUUUCUCAGGCCGAAAGGGUUUCUUAUUAAAUGAUAAAAAACAUUAAUUUUCCGUUAUUAUACAGGGCGUCGCGCUUAAAUAUGAUACAAGCACGUACCUUCUUUAUUUUUUGGCCGAUUUCAAAAGUUUUUAUUUGGGAAUGCACUAUCUAACUGUGAUAAUGCCGUUUUUAUUAAUGCAAUUCACGGCCAACUAGGACGCGUUUUCUUGACAUCUAAACAGCUGAUUAGUAUUAGCGAUUGUUUUUCAAAAAACAGAUUAUGUAUUCUCAUUUAGCAUCUCUUAAAACCAAGUCUUACCACCAAGUUUCAUCAAAAUUGAUACAUCUUCAGGCGAGCAUUCCAUGAUGUCGUGAAAUGUAAUACAAUCCUGUACUUUUUUUUUAUGAAAUGUAGGUUAAAAAAAACUAUCUGAUUGUGAUACUGCUGUUUUUUAUUAAUGCAAUACACGGCCAACUAGUGCGAUAUAUGGAAUUUGAUAACUCUGUUUUUUGGAAAAAAAAAUCGCUAAUACCAAUUAGCUGUUUUGACGUCAAAACGCGUCCUAGUUGGCCGUGAAUUGUAUUAAUAAAAACAACGGCAUUACAGUUAGAGCUUUUUUAUCCUACGUUCUAAUAAAAAAAUUUUGAAAUCGGUCAAAAAAAACAAAGAAACAACAUUGUGUCACAUUUAAGCGUGACAACCUGUAUAUCAAAAGCUAGGAAACGUCAUAGAGAAAUUAAAAAAAUAUUAAUAAUUGAUUUAGUGAACAUUAAAAAAAGUAUCGAAAAAAGGCAACAAAUUUUGCAUUAAAUUGUUAAUAAUAAUGAAAAUUGUUAAUCAAUCGAAAAACCCCUACGAUGUUCUCUGAAUUAUGUUAUUGUGAAGCUGUGUAUAAAAUUUCAACUCGAAUUCAUCGAAAACUUUUUGAGUAAUGUUUCCCGCCAAUUAGCAUAAGAAGUUCAUUAUACACGUUUAAUCAGCGAUACAUGCACCAAAUAAUUGGCCUUCUAUAUUGACAUUUUCUUCAUCACCUUAUUUUUGGCUUUAUCUGAGACUCAAUCUGGCUUCUGUAAUGGCUAAUUAUCGCACGCCUUAUCAAGAGUUACAAUAAACACUCCUACAGUGUUUUCCUGCUUUUCACAUGAUAAAACAAAACCAUUUAUCCAAAAAUCGAUUUUUUUCAAAAUUCUAGAGUGGCGUUGUCCCUUAAUUUAACAAAAUGUAUAAGC